AACGCAAUCGUUUCUGUGCCACUUGUUGUUUUACAUUGUUCUUCCUUGGUAUACGUACUACUUGGCUGCCCAGGAAGAAAUUGGGAGGCCUGAACAUGAUUUGGACGAAGAAGGGAAUGAGAUCGCGGUUGAUGCUUGCUGCUGCAUCAUAUUCAGGUAAUUGCCAAAGAAAAAAGAGAGGUGGACCCCUAUUUGUUUAGUUCCUCCUACACCAAUCAAACAAAGAGAGCCCCUACUUCUUUACCUUGUAAUUUUGGAACGGUGUUACCAUCUCCAUCUCCAUCUCCAUGUCCAUGUCCAUGAUCGAAGGAGGUUUCGACACCCUUCCAAGGCGACGAUACAAUACAGCGGCCUUGAUGCUAUCCAAUGUCGGAGGUCGCCGGAGGAACCGUCCCACCAAGCUAUGGCUCCAAGGCCGUCGCCAUUCGGCAAGUUGGGCAUCGUCGAACGCCAAAAAGUCAGACGAGUCACUCUUGAUCCUCUUAAACUUUGAAAUCAGAGAACACCAAAGAGUUCACCGGAGAGGACCGUCCCGCCAGCACCUGAGCCCAGGUGACCGGAGCACGUAGAGACGAUCUGGCCCCUGUAUACUUUUCCUGGAGACCUCAUCCAUCCACCCACCAUGGCAACCGACCUCUCUCGCAAUUUAAGAUUAGAUAUCGUUUGGGAUACCACUGGCAUCAAUAGUUUUAGCGAUCACAGGACAGAUUGCCAAUGUCGCGCAACUCGCGGGACUUGAUGCUGUCCGCCUCAUCAUCAUCAUCGUGGAGGCCGCUGCGAAUGCACGAAUCCUGAAGAAGAAUUGUCGAGAACUGUCGGAUUACUUGCAGCUCAUUGGCCAUCUCUUGGAACCACUCGACAUGUCGGAUCUCAAGACGUAUCCUGAGACGAGAGCGGUAUUGGAGCGACUGGAGAAUGUUCUGAAGAAGGCCUACAUUCUCGUCAACAUUUGCCAGAAUCAUAGCUUUCUGUAUCUCAUGGCCAUGGGGUGGAUGCUUGAGCAUCGGUUCCAGAAGGUAGAAGCGGAGAUAGAACGGUAUUUGAGGCUUAUUCCGCUCAUCAAUCUCGUGGACGUCCAGCGAGCCAAGGCCAACCACAGAAUGGGAAGUCUACUUUGCUCUAGAGUCGAAAAUGCAUUCCUUGGGAUCUUCAGACGCACCAAUAGGCUUCAGGUAGAAAAACCAGCAAGAAGUGGACUUGGACUUGGAGUCGAAACAGCAGCAGGAACGGGUGGUACCGGAGUCGAGGUCGAUGCCAACCCAGACCUUGAGACCUUCCCGCUUAGCCAAUUGAAGCGUGCCACAAGGGACUUCUCGCAUGGGAACAUUGUCGGGGAAGGAGAAUUCGCAGUCGUAUACAAAGGUCGGAUGGAUGACAAAUUCGUUGCUGUAAAGACAUGGAAGCUAAACACCAACGAAGGGUUACAGGAGUGGGUGAACGAGAUGAACGUUUUGCGGAAGCUGUCGCAUCCCAACCUCAUCAGGCUGCUGGGCUACUGCAAGGAAGAGAACGCCGCGUUCCAUCUCGUCUACGAGUUCAUGGCUAACGGGAGCUUACAGGAUCAUCUUCUUGAGAAAGGGAAGCCACCGCUCUCGUGGAAGCUGAGAAUUAAAAUAGCAAUCGGUGCUGCUCGAUGUCUUCGUUUUCUACAUAAAUCGAACAAGCGCAUCAUCCAUCGGGACGUGAAGCCCUCGGUCAUCCUGCUUGACUCCGACUUCAACCCAAAGCUUUCCGGCUUGGGUUGGUCAUUGUCAUUGAAGGGCCAUUGGCGGCGCCAUGUCUCAACGCAUGUCUGGGGCACACCUGGAUAUUUGGACCCCCGGUACUUCACCACUGGUCAUCUGGACGCGAAGACGGACGUGUAUGCAUUCGGGAUAGUGUUGCUGCAGAUGCUCACUGGUCGGAAGGUGUUCGAUCCUGAUCGACCGUGCGCUGAACGCCACUUGGCACAGUUCGCCAAGCCCCAUCUCUCAUCGGAUGCCAAAGAGCUAGCGAGUCUAAUGGACCCCAAACUCAAUGGGGAGUAUCCACCGACGGCCGCUUCUCGACUGGCCCGAAUCAUCGAAGCAUGUAUCGAGAAGGAGCAUAAGCUCCGACCAACCAUGAAGGAUGUUGUGAAAGCCCUCGAGAAGAUUGACGUCAUAUAAUUCUGUAAAUAUUGAAAUAAUAUUCAGAGAUCGUACUUGCGGCUGGAAUUAG